GCACUUGCAGGACCACUUCACAAGACCAGCUUCCAGUGCAUGGGACAGGACUUGGGGUAUCAGCAACCUGACUGCUUUGCAGCUGACUGACUUCUUGGCACAAGGAAUCGGUGGUGGCAGGAUUCAAAACAGACACACUGGUCAACAUGAGCACGGCAGGCAAAGUUAUUAAAUGCAAAGCAGCAGUAAUGUGGGAAGCCAAUAAGCCAUUUUCUAUUGAGGAAGUGGAAGUUGCCCCACCAAAAGCACAUGAACUUCGCGUAAAGAUCGUGGCCACAGGGAUCUGUCGCUCUGAUGACCAUGUGAUAACUGGUGGACUGGUUAUGCCUUUUCCAAUAAUUCUUGGGCAUGAAGCAGCUGGUAUUGUGGAGAGUGUUGGGCAGGGAAUAACUUCAAUCCAACCAGGAGACAAGGUUAUUCCACUCUUUCUGCCGUACUGUGGGAAGUGCAGCAGUUGUUUAAAUGCCAACAGUAAUCUGUGCAUCAAAACUGACAUUUCUUCAAGUGCUGGAUUAAUGCCUGAUGGUACCAGUAGAUUCACCUGUAGAGGAAAAGCAAUUCACCAUUUUCUCGGUACAAGCACCUUCACUGAAUACACAGUACUGCAUGAGACCGCUGUAGCCAAAAUCGAUUCUGCUGCUCCGCUGGAAAAAGUUUUUCUAAUUGGCUGUGGAUUUUCAACUGGUUAUGGGGCUGCUGUGCAGACUGCCAAGGUGGAACCAGGCUCCACCUGUGCUGUGUUUGGCCUUGGAGGAGUUGGCCUCUCUGUUGUCAUGGGCUGCAAGGCAGCUGGAGCUUCCCGCAUCAUUGCUGUUGAUAUCAAUAGUGACAAGUUUGCCAAGGCCAAAGAACUGGGAGCCACAGACUGCGUCAACCCUAAAGAUUUCAAGAAGCCUGUUCAUGAGGUGUUGCUUGAAAUGACCAGCCAUGGUGUGGACUACUCCUUCGAGGUUGUCGGCCUUACCGAAACCAUGAUCUCAGCCUUAGCCUGUUGCCAUUACAACUACGGAGUCAGUGUGAUUGUGGGAGCGCCCCCUGCGGCACAGAAUAUCACUUUUGACCCCAUGAUCCUCUUCACCGGUCGCACCUGGAAAGGCUGUGUCUUUGGAGGCUGGAAGAGUAAAGAUUCAGUCCCUAAACUGGUUGCUGACUACAUGAAGAAAAAAUUUGUUCUGGAUCCAUUAAUAACCCAUAGACUUCCUUUCACUAAAAUCAAUGAAGGAUUUGAUCUGCUAAGGACAGGAAAGAGUAUUCGCACUGUCCUGGUGUUUUAGGAUUCCUGACUGUUAACACAGAUGGCUUAGCACCAGUACAAACUUCAUUAUCCUCCAAUACAACUGGUAUGAAACACAAACCAAGGCAUUUCUGAAAAGUCCACCACCUCCCCUCGGAAUAAAAGGAUCAAGCUCAAAUGCCAGAAUUCAAGCGCAGUGUUCAUAAACGAAAUAAUCUUUUUCCUUCCGCCUCUUUCUACCGAUUCUUGCUUUAAAUCCUCUUUGCUGUGCUGCAGUUUUCUUCUAAUAGCUUGUUACGAAUGACAGGACGUGCUGCUGUCACAGGUGUUGGAAAAGGUUUGGAUUUUUUAAAUGGCUUUUAAUAUGCAAUCUUUUAAUAAAAGCAAAAUGAAGGGCCUUUAUAGCACUGAGGCUCAGCACAGUAAAACCCUAGGUCAGAACUGUGUGUCCAUCCUGAAUGAUUUUAGCAUUCCAUUACCUGACAGGCAAGGAAAUUACUGCAGAGAAUAAAAUCUAUGGUGAUCAUGCAUUUCAAUUAAAAAUUUCAGUUAAGGAUGUUUAAGUAAAUCAUAGACAUAUGCACUGGAGAAUAUCUCACCAUUGGAUAUUUGACCAAACUAACACUUCCAGGCAUCUAAUAUAAAACUGCUGUGGUGGAGUUCUGCAGUUUUGUUAUUUUGUUUGUUUGGUUUAACCUUUGUAUCUUUCUUACAAACGUUUUAGUUGUUUUAUCAGUAUAGUUUUAGAUCUUUGGCCAAGUGCCUCUGGCGCUUGGGAAACAAUGUGAAGAGAUAUGGACGUGCGUCAAGUAUUGUUAUUUGUUUCCCUUAAGUAAAGGGGCAGUGUAUUAACCUUUAAA